GCCGAGUGCCACGCCGGAACGAGACCGAGACCGUUUCGACGAAUUUUCCUCAUCUAAAUAUUUCCCAUCAACAAUCAGCAUCAAAAAGCAACGUCGAGUUUAGCAUGAAAAAGAAGAAUUUUCCGGACAAGUUCGGACUGAAAUGGUGGAAAACUUAACGACGUUUCUCGAGAAUGCAUUUAUAAGUUAAUUAUGGAAAUAUCUGUGAUUCAAUCAAGGACUUACUCCACCAAUUUGGUUCCUCUAAAAACGAAUUUUUCCGCUGAAUUGGAACUGGGCAAAGUGAAACCCGGAAAAGCCGAGAUGCACGUCGAUCUAAACCGGACCGCGUUAAAACUGAACGUCACCAGGACGAAUUACACGUAUCUGGAGAACUUAUCCAUAUGGAACACCAGCGAUUUUUACUAUAAUGUGUCUAAUAGCACCGAGUUGGAUUAUGACUAUCAAAUGAUGAACGGUACAAUUGACGAUGCUUCCUGGGCGACGUGCAAGGAAUGGACCCCGGCGCAGCACAGCCUUUUCCAGACCGCGAAUUUCUUUUUCGCGGCCGCAUUCUUAGUUCCUGGCAGUUUUAAGCAGAGCGUACUGUUAGUAAGGGCUCUUCUAUCCUUCGGGUACUUCUUCCUGGCCAUCUGGGGCGGAGUGGAAGUUUGCGCUCCCGAUAUUUUAUUAUGGAAUUUAAUAAUCGUUUUGCUGAACUGCACGCAUACAGCGUUGCUGAUUUGGCGGUUUUUACCGCCCACAUUGACGUUGGAAUUAACCGAUUUAUAUAUUAAGAUAUUUAAACCCCUUCGCGUAAGCAAGAAACACUUUAAAGAAUUGGUGAGGGAGGCCAAAGUGCAAACGUUAGAAUGCGGUGAUAUUUAUGCUGUGGAGGACGUCAGUCCGGCGGACGAGAGACUAUCGAUAUUGCUCAAAGGAAGGCUUCGUGUAACUUGCGACGACACCCACCUCCAUUUUAUCAAUCAGCACCAAUUCGUAGAUUCUCCAGAAUGGGAGGCGAACCACGAACAGUCUGAUGACGUAUUUCAAGUGACAAUCACCGCCGAGGAGGACUGUACGUACUUGUGCUGGUCCAGAAUGAAACUGGAAAGGGUGCUAAGGCACAGACCCAUGCUUAAGACUGUUUUGGACUGUGUUAUUGGUAAAGACAUCACACAAAAACUGUACGCACUCAACGAGCACUUAAGCGGUUUAAGCGAGGAAAGAAGCAGAGGCAAACGUAACGCCUUGUGGGCCAAAACUAACAGCAGAAGCAUGUCCAUGGACGCGGUCAACACCGGCACCACGGGAUUAGUGAGGUCUCAGGCAUACAAGAGUGCCACAGCGAACAACAACAGGAGCAGUAAUGCGAACUGUUUUAGUCCGAAUUUAGGUUCGACCAGCCGUCUUCAAACCUCGAAACCGCAAACGUGGGUACCGCUGGUGGCCACCCAGUUCCCCAAAAAAUCCCCCUUCAUCCAACAAAAUUCGACCACCAGCCUCCGGAUACCGGAGGUGCACUCGACCCCGCCUCUCCAACGUACGAAAUCCGUAAAGGGCCCCAAAAAGGAGCGGGAGGUGAAAUUCAAGGCGCCCCUGAAAUAGGAGUUUUUUAUACCAAACAUUCAUGAAACCGACACACUGGUCGAAUCGAUCACUUUAACCGAAGUUAAAUGAUUGUCUUGGGGGUUAUGUAUACUAGGGUGGCCGCUGGUUUAAGUAUCAAAUCAAAUCAAAUCAUUUAUUUCCAUCGACAUCAUAACAACAUAUAGGAAUUGUCAAUAAAAAACUACAGUGCUAAUAAAAAUAGUAUAAAAUUACAAAGAUAUGAAAGAAAACAAAUUUAACUUAAUUUAGUCAAUAAAUCUGCAGUUGAAGAAUUCUGUCAACUAACAUGGUCCUACGAGCCCUUUUAAAAGUUGGAAAAGUCUUAGCGCUCUUUAUUCUACAUGGGUGAUGAUUAAACAUUUUGAGAGAUGUAAUUUCCGGAGCAUCCUGUACCUGCGAUAACCGGAUAAAAGGAAUAUAUAAUUUAUCUGCAUUUCGAGUUUUAUAAAAAUUAAGAUCUCCAGAGCUUAUGUAGUUUGAAAGAUUUUUAUGUACUUGACAUGCGCCCUCCAAGAUAUAGAUGUUAAUUAUAGUUAGGAUUUUUUCUUUUUUAAAAGUACCACGGCAAGUUUCUCUGAAGGAAAGUCUAAACAUCGUACGUACAAUGCGUUUUUGAUUUAUUAGCACACUCCCAAUACUGGGGGAAUUACCCCAAGCUAAUAAGGCAUAGGAUAGAGUGGAUUGCACUGCGGCAUAAUAAAAACUUUUAAGUGUAUAUGCAUCCACAUAGUCUCGAAGCUGCAAGAUGGAAUAAUUGCUGCGGGAAAAUCUAUCGCAUACAGAUUCCACCUGAAGAUCCCACGAUAGAUGUCUAUCAAUUACAAUUCCCAAGAACUUGGUGGAGUGUUGUUGGAUGAGGCUACUUGAUGACUGCUCUUUAAUGAGUAAGCUCCGGUCCUAAAUAGCCCGUGUGUUAUGUAGCUGUCAUUAACCAGGAGAGACAAGUCAUUAAUAAAAAGUAAAAAUAAAAUUGGCGCAAGAACACUACCCUGUGUAACCUCAGUGACGACAGUUGCCCAAUCAGAUAUGGUCACCUGACCACUAACUCUCAAUCUAACAGCCUGGGUUCUACCUGUCAAAUAUGAUUCAAAUCAUUUAUAAGUCGGACCUCUUAUACCAUAAUGAAAGAUCUUAUUUAAUAGUAAAGCAUGAUUAAUGGUAUCAAGUGGGGUAUAAAUGCAAAACGCGACAUGUCCAUUAGAUUACAAUUUGAGAAAACAAAAAAAAACCUUUUUCGAGGUUUUCAUUGCUUUAUUGAAAGUUUUAAUUAUUGUUUAAAACUGAAUUGUUAAAUAUGUCUACCCUACCAUUUUGAUGAAUGCAUAAUCAUUAGGCUUCUUUUAAUUUAGAGCUAUAUUUUGGACAUGUCGCAUUCUGAAACUAAGGCUUGGACAUAUCUUAUUUUGCACACAACAAUCGAGCAGAGCAACGAUAAACCCAACUUACUAAAAUUAUUAGCUCCCGUUUUUUAUUAGGAAAAAAAACCAAGUCACUUAGAAAAACUUUAUUAAAAUAAAAAAAACUUUUACAAAAACUUAUUUUUAGAUAUUAAUUUCUUCGUCACUUAUUAUUUCAUUUUCAUCGGCAUCAACCUGCCUUUCAAAAUUAUUUUCUACAUUGCUGUCGAAAAUAUUUUUGAAAUAACCUAAUGCUUCGUUUGAUUUCCAUUCAUCCCCGUAGUGAGUCUUUAAUAAGUUUGAAAUGCUUUUAAUUUUAUCUUCUUUUAUUCUCAGUCCAACUUGGAGUGUUUUAGGCCUUACUGCUUCAAUUCCCUUCCCUUUUCUACAAAUACCUUUUGCUUGUCCUAAAUCACUCCUGUAUAAUGCUCCGCCUCUGACUAAAACCGUGCCUAAUUUAUUUUUGGUUAGAACGAAUCUUUUUGCUGGUUUAAAUUUGAAGUGCCGUUGUGUAGUAGGUUUUAAAGUUUUUUUUAUUUCAGUUUUCCAGUCGAAAACCUGAAAAUCUACACCCAUUUUAAAAACUGUUGCCCGAUCUUUUAUCACGUUCACGUAAUGAGAAGGUUUUAGGAUCUCCGCAGUUCUUCGGACUACUUUUUCGAUAUUGCCGAAAACUCUGUCAGGUGGCAUAAAAGAAUGACCUACUACAGGGAAAAAUACUUGUAUCUCUUCAAUGUUCGGAGGCGCAUUGGAAUUAAACCAGUUGCAAAGCAUUCCGAUAAAAAUCGAAUUCUUAUUCUGCCCCCCACAACCAUCGCAGAAAAGUCGAAUGAUUUUGUUAGUAGCUUUAAACUCAUACGUACCGUCAAACGGGGUUAAGUGAAUCAUAGUGGGUAAAAUGAAUUAAUCGGGUAUUUCCGCAAAAAAGUCGAUCCCGUCGCAGACCUGCCCCAUAUAGUGACAUUAUUGCAUCGAGAUGACCUCGUUAGUAUGUCUUUGUAUGUGGUAGGGUGUGUUUCGCUGCUCAAAAAAAUACACGUGAGUACCAUAACGACAUGUUCCGGUUAAACGAUUUUUUUGUAUUUUACAAAACUUUGGAAACGAUUGGUUGCGGAAGUGAUCAAUAUUAAUAUUUAUUUACUUGAAUGUAAUUAAUGUGUUUAUUAGACAUUAAUAAACAAAUUUGUGCUUAAUUUUUGGUAAAUUUUUUUUUGUUGAAUUUUAGCAUUUUUUUUUUCUAAGAUGGUAACUUUAAUGGGUAAAAUGAAUCUAUUAAGUGUCGCUGUAAAUUUAUGAUUAAAUUUUUUAGAACUUUUUUUUUUAAUAAUUUUUUAUAUAAGAAAUAUUUUUUUAUUAGUUUUGGUCUUUUUAGCAUGCCGAGAAUUUACAAAAAAAAAUUGGGGCCGCAGGGAAAAUGUAACUACGAUCAAGAAUAUGUUCGUCGAGCAGUGGCAGCGGUUAGACGAGGUGAUAUGUCCAUGAGACAAGCAUCUGAAAGAUUUGGUGUACCUUUCAGUACCAUUCAAAGAAGAUAUCAUGGCAAACAUUCUUUAAAAUAUGGUCGACAGCCUGUACUAAGUGGUGAGCAAGAGCUAAGACUAAAGGAGACAAUCAAAAUUUGCGCCGACUGGGGAUUCCCAUUAAAAAGUACAGACGUUAGAGCAAUUGUGCAACAAUAUCUAAAUAGACUAGGAGUAAGGGAUUCCAGAUUUAAAGAAAAUAUGCCAGGGAUGGACUGGUUCAAAAGUUUUAUGAGCAGAAAUAAAGACCUUACCGUUAAGUUGGCUGAAAAUACAAAACGCGUUAGAGGUGCAUUAACCCGCGAGGUUAUUCAAAAAUAUUUUGAAAACUUGCAGGUCACGUUGAAAGACGUCCCUGCUCAAAAUAUUAUCAAUUACGACGAGACCAAUUUUGUGGAUGAUCCCGGGUCGGCUAAAGUAAUUACAAAAAGAGGUGCAAAGCAUGCCCAUAGGUUAAUAGACUCCUCAAAGACCAGCACAACUGUGAUGUUUGCAAUAGCCACUGAUGGAACAUUACUGCCUCCAUAUACGGUAUACAAGGCAAAACAUUCCUAUGAUGGUUGGACAGAGGGAGGAAUUGAAGGAGCAAGAUAUAACAGAAGCAUGAGUGGAUGGUUUGACUCUGAUAUAUUUGAGGACUGGUUUAAGACAAUUGUCAUGCCUUAUUUUCGAAAGCUUGCUGAGCGUAAAGUUUUAAUAGGCGAUAACUUAAAUUGCCACAUUAUCACUAAUGUCGUACAGCAAUGUGAGAAUAAUGAAAUUGAUUUUGUCUUACUCCCUCCCAAUUCAACUCAUUUGCUUCAACCGCUCGAUGUCGCGUAUUUUAGGCCUUUAAAAGCUGCAUGGAGAUCCACCUUGGAACAAUGGAAACUAAAACACCGUGGAGUCAUUCCCAAAACGGAGUUUCCAAGGCUGCUGAGACAGAGUGUGGAAAAGGUUGGCCAUAAAGUCGAAAGAAAAUUCCAUUGCUGGUUUUAAGGCAUGUGGAAUUUUUCCGCUCGAUCCCAACAAAGUUUUAAAUAAAAUUCCACGAAAUUUACACAUCGAUGAAAAUGGUGAGAAUAAUGAUCAGGCCGGGAGUAACACAAUAAUCAGUCACCUAAAAAAUUUAAAAACUACCCCGAAUCAAUCAACAAAGAGAGGAAAAAAAAUUAUUAUCGAGGCUGGCAAAAGUGUGUCAAGUCAAAGUUUAUUAUCAACGAUAAUAGAUAAAACACCCACAAAAAAAUCAUCUAAAAAAAACAUGAAAAAAAACGAAAGAAGAGCCCUGGAAAUAUCGGAUGAUGAGUUAGAUCGAGAGUUAGAUAAAGAAUUUUCCCUAAGUGAUUUCGAAAAUAUUGUUGAAAACUUUGACGAGUUUGAUCCAAAUCCGUCGACAUCGAAUGAUGAUACUUACAUGAUCGACACAGACUUAUCCAUGGAGCCAAGGAUUGGGGAGUUUAUUAUUGCAAAGUUUUCAACCGAGAAACAAGAUCGAUUGUUUGUUGACAAAAUCGAGAAUUGUUCAAAGAAAAAAGAAUUUACUAUAAAUGCCAUGAGAAAAAAGGGAAACUCGGAAAAGGGGUAUUUUGUUUAUCCAGAAAUACAGGACCUUUGCCUAAUAAGCCAAGACCAAAUUAUUAGAAAACUGCGUCAAAAGUCUUUCAAGAGGGGUAAAUUUGUUUUUAACUUAGACAACGACGAAUUUAAAAAGUUGGAGUAAUUUCUUUUUUGUUAAUUUUCCUAUGUUUUGUAUGUAGACUUAAGUUUUUUUUACCAAGAGUGCCAUUUUUGUUUAAAGAAAAGUUCCUAAGUUUGUUGUUUUUAUAAAGCCUUAAUAUUCUGUAAUAGAAUGUGUUAUAGAAUAAGACUUUGUUACUUAAUCUUACUUUUGUUACCUUUAGAAUAAAGAAUUUGUUUUUUUUAAGUGUUUUUUUCCGUUUAAAUCUUCUUUUUUUAUUUUUUGUUGAUUCAUUUUACCCACAUUAUGUUUAAAGUGAAUUUUACAGCACUUCUAAUACAUGAUUCACUUUACCCCAAACCGGAGGGUAAAGUGAAUCAGACUUUAUCAAAAAAAAUGGAGGACUUCCCAUGCUUAAAUGCUUACAAGUUUUAACAAAAUCUUUUAAGACGUUUACCAGAAUCUACAAUAUUUUUUACAUAUUUUUUAAUUUAAUACUUUGGCAGAAAAACGAAAAAAACCACUUAUUUUGAUUCACUUAACCCCAUUUGACGGUACUUAGAGUAUGAUGAAUAGCAGAUGCAAUCUCAUUGGAGCUCUUGGGUCUUUCGACUUCUGUCCAUGUAUAACACCUUACGUUUUCUUUUGUUAAUGGUGAUUUUGAACUUCCUAUGACAACUCCAAAAUUAAAAAAGUUAAUUUGCAUUGAAAAAUAGGCCUGCUGAUCGGGUAAUUUCGGUAGGGGUAAAUUUUUUUGACAGUCAAAAGAAAUAUUUACUACUUCAUCGGAGUUUUGUUUGAGAAAAGCAAAGAAGCUUUUGGCUUGAAGAGUAUGGACUCUGUGAUUUGUAAUAAAUGACUGCUUUUCCUUAGGAUCCGUGCAUCUCCUAAUUUUUUCUUUAUAUUGAAGACAGGUUGAACAAAGAUCUGUUUGAGGUGUUCCGAAUCCAACGUUGUAUUUCCUAUUAAAAUAUUUUCGAAAGUAGCACUGCUUCACUUUUUGAUCAGGCUCAGCUUGUUCGUUGUAGACAUUCCAUAGUUUUUUUAUGUUUAAGUCACAAGGCAAAUAAACACGAUGCGGACUAUCAGAGCGGCAAUAGUGACUUUCGGUGCACCUUAAUGAUUCAAUGAAUGUCUUCAUGCAAACAUUUUUGUCAUCGUUUUUCCCCAUAACACGAUCACCGCCACGAUUCUCCUUUGGCGCUGUUCCUGUGUUUAUAAACUUUUUCACCAGGCGCAAUAUUCUGUCCUUUUUCACUCCUAAGAUACCCAGAAAUGCCUCCCUACAUACUUGAACUGCUUUACCGUCUUGCUGUCGUACCUUAUAGGUUAAAGACACUGCUUUUGGCUUACUAGCAGCACGCCCUCUACUUCUUUUUCUUGCAGGCGUGGAUCCUGAGCAAUAACUUAAAAGAAAUGCCUCUUGGUCAGCUUUCUUCUUGCUUGAAUAAAAACUUCUAUGAAACUCCUUCAUAUCGUUCAUGGUAAGAUGCCAGCAUAGAAAUGGUCCAUUACUUUCCCUAUGUCCACAUUUGGGAAAUUCUGGUAAAGAUUUAGGUGAAUAUCUGAAACAAAAAAAAAAUAAGCUCAGCUUGAAAUAGCUUUGCCGAUUGCUCGAUUUUUUUAUGAAUUUGUUUCUAUAGGUUGGAAUAGUCGUAGAAAAUAUGCAUUACAUUAUUAAUAAUUUAAGCAAUUUUAAUUAUUUCUCAAACAAUAAAAACUCGGCAAAGAAUUAAACAAAAACUUCAGCAACAUUUUUAAAUAUUAUUAAAAGGGCAAAUAUUUAUGAGAAAAAUAUUAAUAUCACAGUCAUUUAACGUAUUGUAAACAUUUAUUACGUUUCUUUAUUUUUAUACUUGGUCUUAACUUACCUUGCUACUUUAGAUUUUUCCCUUUUCCAUUCUUGUGGUUGAAAAGAUCUUUUUCGAGCUCGAUUUUGGGUAUCCGGCAAGAGUUUCUUGUUGUUAUCGGCCAUUAUAUCUAUAAUCAUUAUGAAAACACACGCACAGAAUAUCAACAAAUUUCACCCUCGUGCUUGCAUGCUUGUAAAGAAAAAAAUAAUAAUACGUUUAUACCAAAACAUACGAUUUAUCAGGUGUUAGUAAGCUGCUCGCUGGUUGGUCGUGUGGACAACGUCGCAUUUUGAAUCUCAAAUGCAGGUUGCGAUGUCGCAUUUUGCGUUUAACCGAAAUUUUUAACGAGCGUUUAUAAGCGUAAAUGUCGUGGUUUGCAGGUAAAUAUAUUAGUGGCAGAUAGAGAAAUUUAUACACUUUCUGGGUGCACAUGAAGGUCAUUUUCGUUGAAAAAUGGACAUGUCGCGUUUUGCGUUUAUACCCCACAAAUGCUUUAGUAAGAUCAAAAAAGAUACCAACAGAUUUUAAUUUUAAUUCAAUAUAUUUGUAUAAAGAGAUAUUAUAGCAAGUCUUUCAAGUAAGAGCUAUAGGGACCAGUUGUUAGGAAAAUAUCUCAUUUUUCUUUACCAUAAAGUACCGAAAUAUAUCAUAGAAUAAUAGCAUUUUUAGGAUGAAAUUAAAAAUGAACAUUCCCGAACGUCUGCAUUUCUUCCGGGCAAUUGAAGAAAUCAGUCACUUCUUACAGGAAAUUGAAGAUUAAAUGCCUGAACUAGAGAUUCAGCAUCAUUUUCCAAGUCUUUUGACUGAUUCAGAAUCAAUUUAAGACGCUUUGUGGUAUUAAGAAUCCAGAUUUAUUCAUAGAAGACCGGACAGUUAAAAAAUACACUCAUAUCUCUCGAAAAUCGAAGAAUAAUCAACUGACUGUUGUUAAAGUGGUGUCAGCAUCAUUUUCUGAGUUUUUUAAGUGAUUCAGAUUCAUUUUGAGUCUUUUUAGGCCACUCACAAUCCAGAUUUCUUCCUAGUUGAGGAAAUUAUUCACGUCUUUCAGGAUAUAGAAGAAAAAUCACCUGAACGAUGACAGAAUUGUAAUCAGAGCGUCAUAGUUUUAUUUUUUCGAGCGCUGUUUUAGAAGUUUUUAAGACGAAAUUCCAUUACACUGCUAUAUUUUAUAAAGAUGAUCUCAGUGAUCAUGUUAAAGUAGAGGAAGUAAACAGUCUACAGACUGGCACAGAAAAAGACUUUGAACUUUGCAUUUCUAAAAUUGUUAUUAAUAGCAAUAAUUCCAUAAUAGUUGUUUGUGUCUACAGAUCACCUAGUGGUAACAGCCAAUUUUUUUCUCCACAAUCUUGCUAACCUACUUGAUGAGAUGUAUAAUAACAAAAUUUCUUUUAUUAUUUCAGGAGACUUUAACUUUAACCAUGGCGUGAUGGCCUUGCUUGGGCUAAUGCAGACCUUUGGUCUAAUACCUUACAUUAACUCCAACACUAGAAUCACUGCUCACUGUGCCUCUCAGUUGGAUAACAUCUUUACAAAUAUGAACUCAAGUGUUGUCAUAUCUUCUGAAGUCCUUGUUUCUAAUCUGUCUGAUCAUUAUCCUCAAAUUUUUGUUUUUAAGAGACAGAUGGAGGUUCCCCAAUGUGGUAUGGUUGUGAAGCGACGAAAAUUCUCAACACAUAACAUGAAUCGAUUUUACAAUAUGCUGAUGUCAGAGGCAUAGGAGGAGGUCUAUUCUGCUGAAGGAGUUGAAGGAAAAUAUAAUACUUUCUUUCGUAUUCUCUUCUAUUAUUUUGAUUUGGCUUUUCCAAUAUGUACGACUAGGUUGAAAAAUAAGAAGCCAACCUGGAUUACAACAGAGAUAAAAAGAUAUUCAAACUACAUAAAAGAUCUCUAUGUUUGGUACAAAUAUACUAAUUCUAGGGAACACUACGUUACAUACAAACAUGAAAGGAAACAAUAUCGACGUUACAUCUCCUCUUAUAAAAAGUCUAUAAAUGAUAACAAAAUCCAAAAUUCAAAAAACAAGAUAAAAUCAGCAUGGUCAAUCAUAAAAUCUGAGUCAGGUAAAAAUAAAACUAACAACAAUAUUGUUUUAAGGGAAGAUGGUCAGUCCAUUGAAAACCCAGCUUUAAUCACCGAAUUAUUUGCUAAACAUUUUACUCUUGACCAUCAACAAAGCUGUAACUCCAAUAUACAUGACUUGCAUAAUGAUUAUCCAACCAUAUUUCUCAAUCCCGUUAAUUCUCAGGAUAUCUUUAAGAUAUUGAUGAACCUUCCAAAUAAAUUUUCCUCUGGCUUGGAUGAAAUUCCGGUAUUCGUCUUAAAGUUUGUUGGGAUUCACUUAGCUGGACCCAUUUCCAAUGUGAUCAAUGAGAGUCUUUCUACCCAAAUUUUUCCUUCUGCUCUUAAGCGGGCAAAAGUAGUGCCUGUUUUUAAGAAGGGAGAAAAAACGAAUAUUGCCAACUAUCGGCCAGUAUCCGUAUUACCAUCCAUAUCGAAGGUAUUUGAAAGGGUUAUCUAUCAAAUAGUUAUUAAUUAUUUAACUCACCAUCAAAUAAUAAAUAAACACCAAUACGGAUUCGUUCCCAAAAGAUCGACGGAAAUGGCCAUUUAUAGUGCAAUACAAUAUAUUAUGGAGAAUCUUGAGAGAAAAGCCAGAGUAGCUGGACUGUAUUUCGAUUUGUCUAAGGCGUUUGACACGGUUGACCAUUCUUUACUGCUGGACAUCCUGGAACGGUAUGGCAUCAGGGGUGCAGCAUCUAAAUUACUCAGUUCAUAUCUAGAGCAAAGAGAACAAAUAGUUUGUGUGACACAUUCCCGCUCACCAACGUUUUCCCGCCCCCAAAUUAUAGGAAGAGGUGUGCCUCAGGGCUCAAUCUUGGGACCUGUGCUCUUCCUAUUAUAUGUCAAUGGCUUGCCUCAGCUGUUCCCUUCUGAUAUGAUUUGUCAAUUCGCCGACGACACAUCAGUUAUAGUUGCCAGAAAGACAGUGGCAGAUCUUUCACGGGGCUGCUCAUCCGCAGUGGAGCGCAUGAGGACCUGGUGUCUGGACAGUAAGUUGUCUUUGAACUCUGGUAAAACGGGGUUGAUUAAUUUUUCGAAGGCCAAUAUUGUCUCAGAAUCUCUACUUGUGUGGUCUGGUGGGCAGUCAAUCCCUGUAGCCAAUAGUAUUAAAUUCUUAGGAAUACACAUUGACCCCAAUUUAAAUUGGGAGAAACAUAUUAAAAACCUUUAUUCCAGAUUAGCUAGCUUGUGCGGAUUGAUUAGAAGAUUAAGGGAUGUAGUGUAUUUUAUUUCGGACAGGUACAAUCGAUCUUACAAUAUGGUAUCUGUUUCUGGGGAUCUGCAAGAGGAGCUCUAGAUAUAUUUAGAAUGCAAAAGCGUAUCAUUCGUUGUUUAUUGGGCAUGACCUACAGAACUUCCUGUAGACCUUACUUCUGCAAACUAAAAAUACUCACCCUUCCCUCUUUAUACUUUUCUUCCUUGGUGUUAUUUGUGAAGAGACACAAUCAUUUGUUUGUUGAGAAUAGGGCAAUGUACGCUGAGGAUGUGACUAUGAUUACACGACAUAGAAGCGAUCUCCGCAUUCCAUUGCAUAAUUAAAUAAAUAAAUAAAUAUGCCUUUUAUUUUUAAAAUUACAUAAACAUAGCUGAGAAAAAAAAAACAUUAUUAAAAAGCUGAAAAAAAAAAGAUUAUUAAAAAAAAGUAGCAUAAACCACUGGCGCAGUCUAGCUUUAAAGAGCUACUCUACUGAACCAGAAGCUAUACUUUACCAUCAGUUAAUAAAUUAGGUAGUUAAAAAAAAAAUUAUCUUAGGCAAAUUAAUUAGUAAAUUACAAUAAAUUAUUAAUUAAAUAUUACAAUUAGAAGAAACUAGAAGAAACUUGCAUAACAAACAUUAAAUUUGCCAGAAAAAUUGCACAAAUAACAAAAGCCACUAAAAAAAAUCUCCAUUGGUUUGCAAAUUAAAUAGAUGUUCCUUGAAUUUUAUUUUAAAAGAUUGAAUUGAUAAAUUAAUUAGGUUUGUUGGUACUUUAUUAAAAAUAUUUGCUGCAUUAUAAGAAUAUGACCUCUGAAACAUGGCACUAUGAUGAAGUGGAACCGUAAUUCUUUUAGAAAACCUUAUAUUUAAACCAUGAACAGUGUCCCGAAAAAUUAGUCUUUCUUUAAGGGAGACAGGGGAAGAUGUGUCAUUAAUUAUUUUCAAUAAAAACACUGCAAAAUGUAAUAUCCUGCGCAUAUCCAUUUUAAGCCAUCUAAUAUCUCUAUAUAAAUAAGAUACAUGGUCAAAUUUUCGGAGACCAUAAACAAAUCGAACGCAAGCAUUUUGGACCCUUUGAAUUCUUACCCGACUUUCCAAAUCUAGACAAAACCCAUAAACUACGUCAGCAUAAUUAAAAUGAGACAGUACAAGGGAUUCACAUAAUUGUUUUCUUAACUUUACAUUUAACAUAUGGCGGUUAUUAUACAAUGUUUUCAGGGACAUAAAAGUUCUUUGAAAAAUUUUUUUAAGGUGUUCCUUAAAUCUUAAUUGUUCAUCCAAAAUAACCCCCAAGUUUUUACCGUUGUUUACAAUUCAGCUUACUAUGAAAGAGGUUCUCAUUACAUGGCCAUCAGGGCUUAUAGAAUGCUACCUGCUGAUAUUAGAAGCAUUGAAUCUACAGUCCAAUUUAAAAAAGCUGUUUACCACUGGUUGCAGAUUAAAUGUUUUUAUAAUUUUUCUUUUGGAUAAUAAUUUUAACUUGUGUUAGAUAUUUAGAAUAUUUAUUUUAAAUUUUGUUAUUUUGUUUAUAUAAGUAUAUUGCCUCUAUGAAUUCUAGAUAAGAAAAAUUAAUGUACCCUAUGGGAGCUAGAUCCUCUUUUGUAUGACGUUGCUUUGUCGUCCUGUAUACGAUUUUGUUGGCAAAUAAAGUAUAUUAUUAUAGUUAUUAUUAAAGAAUUCCGUGCGGGCAUUUGAAAAAUUUCUUCAGUUCUCUCAGAAAAACAAAGAAAAAUACCUGGAAAUGUCACUUAAUUUUUGCAAAGAUUAUAUCUUGACAAUAUCUGGUUUAAGCCUUAAUUAAGACAUUAAAUAAUAAUCAGUUUUUUUUGGGAGGCUGUUACAAUCUCCAAGACUAUAUAGACUUAACUAUGGCCACCCCUUCUAUUAUAUAAAAUUGUCGACCAGGACAAUCUAAUAAAUUUGAACUUCUUCCCAGUAUGUUACGUCAAUGAAUUUCAUCAACGAAUCAAAUAAUUUUAUUAUAAUGAACAUUCAAACUUUCAGAGUGCCGGUUUGAUGAAUUUUUGGUAUUAAAACACUCCAUGGAAUAUUAAGGAAAGUAUUUAGAAGUGUACGUUGUGAUUCCGUAAAAAACUGUAUAUUAUAUGUAUAUUAUAUUGCAUGUUGAUAUAAAAUUUUUAUAUGUACGUGGCACAUAAGACGAUUAUUUCACACGAUUUGCUCUCCUUUCUAAAAAGAACUGACUAUGAAUUGUUUUAGUUAAUCACCAUAUAAGAAUUUCUUUUUGUAAUUAUUUAACAAGAACCAUGAAAAAGAAAUCGUGCCUUUAUAUCAGUCAUAACUCCUACUACAACGCCCUCUUUGUUUCAGUUCUGAAGCACUACAGUCUAGAAUAUUAUAUUUGUUGUAUAUGUAGGAUCAAUGUGGUAUAGCUAAUUAAUUACAUCUAUGUAUACUUUAAAAGCCUUUGCCGUAACAUCGAUUUAAUGGUUGUCAGUGCGUAUAUAUGUUAAUUAAGAGUGUUUUUUGUUAAGGUUGCAGAAGUGGCGGCCUUAAAGCACUAAAAACUAUUUUUUAGGGAGUUUUUUUUGCAUUUUUCCAGUCUCGUAAGGUAGUUUUUGUGUUUUUUUUUUACAGACCAGGCGAAGGAGUAAUAAAAGUGUUCGUGUAAUUAAAACAAAUAUUUUUUUUGCCUUCAUUAGUAAAAAAAAAUAAAUAACCGCCAUAUAGAAAAAACAUUUUUAUUAAUCUUUCAACUGCAAAACAAUAAUUUUAUAUAACAUUUGAACGGGAAUUAAGAACGUCUCAGCAAUAUUCUCAUCAAUAUAGAUGUUCAUGAGCCGCCACUGUCUCGUAUUAUGAUUUAAGCCUGCACUAGUAUUUAAGAAUAAACAUCAAUCAGACGAUUCUCGAUCAAAACAUUCCGCAACUUGCCUUCCAAAAACAAAUAUUUUAUAAAAACCAUAAUCUCCGUUGUGUGUUUAUUAACGCCAACUGUUUUUUAUAAAGUAUAUAAUUACUCGCCUAUUAUACUCGAUAUGUUAUUUUAUUCAUAAUAAGUAGAGACGUGUACGCUAGUAUAUUGUUAAUAUGUGUAUAUAUUUAUAUUUGUAUGUUUAUAUUUGUCGCGUUUAUAACGAUAUAAAUGGUUGUAUAAGAGAAAUACAUCAUAAUUUAUUA